UAAAAGCCUCCCAUGUUUUGUCUCCCUCUCUUACCUCUCUGAUUCUUUCGUCUCUUUAAAAGCCCUGAUAUUCGAACAGCGAGGUGCAGGGAAAGAGAUAAAAAUGGCGACAGUUCCGGGACAGUUGAUUUGGGAGGUAGUGAAGAAGAACAAUUGUUUCUUGGUGAAGCAAUUUGGAAGAGGAACUGCUGGAGUUCGAUUCAGCAAAGAGCCCAACAAUCUCUACAAUCUCAACUCAUACAAACACUCUGGGUUGGCAAACAAGAAAACUGUCACCAUUCAACCCGGGGGCAAGGACCAGUCUGUGCUGUUAGCAACGACUAAGACUAAGAAGCAGAACAAGCCUUCGAGCUUGCUUCACAAGUCCGUCAUGAAAAAAGAGUUCCCCAGGAUGGUUAAGGCAGUCAAAAACCAGGUGACGGACAACUAUUACAGGCCUGAUUUGACAAAAGCUGCCCUUGCAAGGUUGAGUGUCGUGCACCGCAGUCUGAAGGUUGCCAAGUCCGGUGUCAAGAAGAGGAACCGACAAGCAUUGAAGAUCCAUGGCAGGAAGUGAGCUUCACAAUAUUGAGGUUAUACAUUUCAUCGUGCUGCAAUUUAUCAUUGUUUUGGACCCUCAUCUUGUCUUGAAUUAGUCUUUCUUUCAUGGCUUUAACUUGGUGGAUUUUAUAAUUAGAUUUCCAAAAAAAAAGUGAUCAGCAUGGUUCUUUCUACUUUGUUUCAGGAUUAU